AUGGUCGGAGAUGACGAAAUUUCGGUGACGGAUAAGACAACCCUAGAUUCUACAAGUCCGCUGUACAUGCAUCCGUUGGAAAGAGCUGGAUCUAUGUUAGUCCUGGUGGCUUUUGAUAGAACUGGCUAUAGAUCAUGGAGAAGAGGAAUCCUACGAGCACUCUCCGUGAAAAAUAAAGAAUUGGAAGACAGGUAUGAUCGGACUAAUGGUGCUAAAUUGUAUCAGCUCCAUAAGGAGAUAAAUGAUUUGAGUCAAGGGAAUUUGGACAUCACUGGAUAUUACACAAAAAUGAAGAAACUUUGGGAGGAACUCAACACACUGAACAUACAUGCUAAGUGUGAUUGCAAAUGCACAUGUGGAGCUAAAGAAAACAUGCACAAAGCUGAGCAAGAAAGAAGACUGAUUCAGUUUCUGAUGGGGCUUAACGAGGUGUACACUGUGAUAAGAGGAAGCAUUUUGAUGAUGAAUUCACUCCCAACAAUAGCACAAGCUUUUUCUAUUCUUAUUCAAGAGGAGAAGCAAAGGGAAGUAAAGCCGAGUAAUCACUUUUCAAUGGAACCUGCUUCCUUGAAUGCAACUGGACCAGGAAAUAAUAAUUUCAGAACAAACUAUACUCAACAGGGGAACAAUAACACAAACAGUAGAUAUAGAGGGAAUCAGUUCAAUAAUAGACCUCGGUUGUUCUGUGACUACUGCAAAAGGCCAGGACACACUAAGGAAAAAAGCUACAAACUUCAUGGAUUCCCACAAAAUUCCAAGUUCAAUAAAGGAAGAAGGAUUACAGGAAAUGUGUUUGGAUCAUCAAGUGAAGGUGCUGCAAUGAAGGAUGAUGGAAAUGACUCUCAGGGUCAGGAACACGGUCGAACUAUGCAUAAUUUAACUAAGGAGCAAUAUGGACAGCUACUCAACAUCUUGAAAAGCUUUCAAGGAGGAGGAGACAAAUCCACAAACACUACCAUAAAUGGAGGAACUUUGCAAGGCCCUUCACUGAAGAGGCCACUGGAGAUUGGUAAGGCCAAGACCGGCCUUCAGCAUUUGAUGGAAGCUGUCUUACAUGAAUGUGAACCUAGUUCAUAUGAGGAAGCUGCUGUGAAGCCUGCUUGGCAAGCAGGAAUGAAUCAAGAAUUCCAAGCAUUGUAUGCAAAUAAGACUUGGGAUCUAGUCCCUCCUCCAAUUGGGAAGAAGACAAUAGGGGUGUAG